AUGGAUAAUAAUAUGGAUCGAGGGGAGAGUAAUGUUGAUAAAGUGGAGUUCAGAUGUGUUUUUUGGGUUUUUGGUCCUUCUGUCAACGAAUUUGUGCAUUGUCGACCUAUUGUUAGCAUUGACGCGACACAUUUAUAUGGUAAGUAUAAGGGAAAGAUGAUGAUUGCAAUGGGAGUUGAUGGUAACAAUCAGAUUUUUCCUCUUGCAUUUGCUAUUGUUGAGAAUGAGUCAUAUAGUAGUUGGUAUUGGUUUCUUAAUCAUGUCAAGAAACAUGUGGUGAAAGAACGUGACGACAUUUGUUUAAUAUCUGAUCGUCAUAGUGGAAUCCUAAAGGAUUUGUACAGGUACUGUUUGCGACAUUUUGUCAACAACUUUCAUGACAAGUUUCGCAACUCGCAUUUAAAAGUUUUAGCUUAUCGUGCUGGAAGUCAAAAUCAAGUUCGUAAGUUCAACUCCGUCAUGGACGAGAUUGGAAAACUAAAUGCACAAGCUCGUCAAUGGCUCGAGGAACAUUCACUUUGUAGAUGGACACUUGCACAUGAUGGUGGAAGACAUUAUGGGCUGCUCACUACAAAUAUGUCAGAGAUUUUUAAUAGUGUACUUAAAGGUGCUCGUUUUUUACCAAUCACUCCAUGUGUCAAACUUACAUUCUAUAGAUUAGUUCACUACUUUGAUGUGAGACGUUCUUUGGGACCUACUGCUCAAGCUAAUGGAGAUGUGUUUACUCCUUAUGUUGUUGUGGUUACUCAAAAAAGAAAAAAUAUGCAAGUAGUUGAUUUGGAGAAAAAAACUUGCACAUGUGGUAAGUGGGAGAUACAUAAGUAUCCGUGUUCUCAUGUCUUGAGUGCAUGUGCCUAUCUUUCUUUAAAUACGAGUCAAUAUAUUCAACAAUAUUACUCAAUUUUUGAAUAUUCUGCUACUUGGGCAUCUGAUUUUUUCUCGGUCCCUCAUGAAGCAUAUUGGCCCGAGACAUCUAUUCGAGGAAUGCUUCCAAAUUCAGAGUUAAAACGAAAGGAAAGAGGUCGCCCUCGUUCGACAAGGUUACGAAAUGGAAUGGACAUUAAAGAAGGAAAGAAAGCUAAUAUUUGUGGAUUGUGUAGAUAAAGUGGUCAUAAUAAAAAAAUAUGUCCUUCUAAGCCUAGAAAACGACCUAUAGAUAUGUGAAAGUGAUUGAUUGAGUAGUAUUUAUUCUAGAAUUUUUGGUUAUUUAUGUUUAAAAAAUACUUAUUUUAUAUUAAUAAUUAUUGAUUAUUUAAGAUUUAUCCAAGUUAUAUUUAUAUUUAUACCAUUUGAUGUUCAUCUUAGUUUUGUUGGUAUUUUGUAUGGAGAGUAUGGUUGUAUUCAAAAUGAUUAUAAAUUUUGAAA